AUGGUUUCCGACGAGAAGAAGCGGCCCGCGGCCCUCAAUUUCAACCUCCCACCAGCUCGCACCAUGUCCGCCAGCUCGGUUUCCACAGCAGAUUCAGCAUCCACCUCAUCAUCACUAUCAAAGCCACCAAGGACACCACGGUUUGCCGAAGCCACCGCCAUCCACUCCCCGGUCAACCCAAAACAGCUUCCCUUUUCCGAAAAGUCACAAGUAGCGCAAGCACAACCAGGGGAUGUCGGAUUCGGGUAUAUCGGGGCGGGAACUGGGAAUCGGGAAUCAGUUGCCAUGCCUAUGACACCAAGGUCCCCAUUGAAGAGUGCGAUGAAGGUUCCCGGGACACCAGGGCGCGCGUUGCAAAACCCCCUGAGCCCUACGUUCAGGGAGGAGCAGAUCUUGGAGAGCAAGGAAAAGUCGACGGACAAGGAGCAGGCGCGGGAUCUGAAAAUCAAGACGCGGGUGCGGAUGGCCAAGUUUGCCCUGCGCGGUGUCAACUUCAGCUGCAGUCUCGUUAUCCUCGCCAUGGUUUCGUCCUCGUUUGCCAUCUUCAACGCCACCAAAACUCUUCCUGCGAUGAGUGGUCUGCCUGCGUGGGCUGAAGGCACUGGAGGCAGCGCGUGGCCGCAAAAAGUGGUUCUAGCCUGUUCGUGUGUCUCGUUACUCAUCUGCAUCACCGUCUUUAUCGGUUACUGCCGUGGUGGCCACCGUAGGGCCGAGAAGGUCGGGGUUUACUACACCCUGUUCGCCGUCGGCUGGUUCAUUUUCAGCAUGGCCAUGUGGGCGAUGGCGGCCGGCAUCAUCCAGGUCACUCGCAACAACAGCUCCAACAAGGAUAUGUGGGGAUGGGCCUGCGUCGACAACCGCCGGUCGCAUCUGUUCGCCGACAAGGUCGACUACGCGCUCGUGUGUCGCCUCCAGGACUGGACGCUAAUCUGCAUCAUCAUCGAACUCGUGGUCGAGAUCAUCAGCAUUACCCUCUACAGCAUUGUUUUCUACCGCUACUGGUCCAAGCGCAAGCUGCGCAAGUCGAUGGACAUGCGCGACAAGGCUCGCUCCGAUCUUUACCUCGCCCAGCUCCGCACACAGUCCGCGCCCAACACCCCGGGUUUCGGCCCCAAGUCUCCCGCCUUCUCGCAGUACGCCAUGUCGCCGCGCUUCCCGCCGUCGGCAUACCGAUCCCUUGGCGACAUUGAGGAAGGCGCCGCGCCGCCCUUUACCCCCGGCGGCAAGGGUCUCAUCAUCCCCCAGUCGUCCUUCUCCCCCAAGCAGGCCGGCUUCAAGCUCCAAGCCCCGCCUACCAAGGCCAACCCGGCCACCCCCGCUACGCCCAAGGCUGGUUACAAGCCGCCCUCCGCUCUCGAUCUGUCCCCAUCAUCAACCACCGCUCCGGAGCUGCCACUUGCGUCUGGCGCCGCCACCGGUCAUACUGUCAACGACCAUGCGCCCGUCGCGGAUGGCGAGCAGCAGUACGAGGCUGUGCCCAUCCCUGGCGCUUAUGCCGGCCAGGCUCUCCGUAGCCCGCCGCCGGUGCAGACGACGUUUAACCUCCCCGGGCGAUACGCGUAA